CUCACCAUCAACACAAACACAGUAAACAGAAAGAUCAAACUGUCUGACAACAACAGGGAGGUGACACAUGUGGAGGAGGAUCAGCCAUAUCCUGAUCAUCCAGACAGAUUUGACCAGUGGCCUCAGCUGCUGUGUAGUAAUGGUCUGACUGGUCGCUGUUACUGGGAGGUUGAGGGGAGAGGAGGAGUUUCUAUAUCAGUGAGUUACAGAGGAAUCAGAAGGAAAGGAGACAGAGAAAACUGUGUGUUUGGAAGGAACAAUCAGUCAUGGGAGCUGAUCUGUGAUAGUCAUGCUUACUUGGUUUGUCACAAUAACAAAACAACACGUGUCUCCUCCUCCUCUUCAUCAUCUUCCUCUGUCUCUGACAGAGUAGCAGUGUAUGUGGACUGUCCUGCUGGCUCUCUGUCCUUCUACAGAGUCUCCUCUGACUCACUGAUCCACCUCAACACCUUCAACACCACAUUCACUGAACCUCUUUAUCCUGGGUUUGGGCUCUGGUUCGGGUCGUCUGGUUCCUCAGUGUCUCUGUGUAGAGUGUAGCAGAGAGAGUCUCCUCCUGUUAGAGAAACUCUCUCACUGUUGAACAGAUAGUUCAGUCUGUACAUGUCUGUCUCUUUCACUCACACACACCUUUUCA